AUGCAGGCCAUUUAUACUGAUCCCAAACUCAUUCGAUAUCAACGCUGGCGACAAGUUUGGCCAACGCCAAUUGUUGCUAUAAUAGCAACCGCUCAAUUGAUAUUAACAUUUCUUAUCAUUGGCUUCGAAACAUGGAGUAUGGUAUUGAACGUUAAGUAUUCAUUCUUUUUCAUUGGUGAUAUAACUUCGUUUUUCUUUACGAUCACUUGGAUAUCGACAUUCACUGUUGUUUGUUGCAAUCGUGGAUCUCAAGGUUGUGCCAUGCAUGCGUUAGUUGAAAACAUUCUUUCGAUCAUUGCCUCAUGUAUUCUUCUUGGCUACGAUGCGAAAUUCAUUAAUCAACCGUAUACAUGUCUUUGGCCAGCUUAUGCAUGCCACGAUGGAAUAUGGGCUGGCAUUUCGGAAACUUUAUGGAACUCUCUUGGUACAGAUACUAUGAAAGCAAAACUUGUUGCACUUAAACUACAACUAGCGUGUGCGGUUUUAAUGUUAUUUGUCUCUCUACUGUUCGUGGCCAUUUAUAUUUAUACAACUUUGAAAGUUCGCAAAGAAGCGGUGAUGGUUCAACCACAGGCAACUAUUCAGCUUGUUUCGCCACCGCCGAUUUCAGUACAAACAACAACAUUGCCACCUAUUUAA